AUGGCCGACUCAAAUACCCCAGCCCAAGACACCCCACCUACUAUCGCACCCCUUAAUAUGUACUGGGCGCGAGGUGAGCUGAUUUCCUUCCUCCAGAGGGUAUACACAUGCCAAAGCAGACCUGCGGGUGACUGGGAGCGCGAUAUCAUUUUCGCGAGGCACAACUUGGACCGCAUACCCUUCUACGAAGAUUUCCCAUUUACAAUCGAAUGUCUUCGUCUCACUCUCCUCAACUCGAAGACCUUGACUCCGAGGGAGUUGUCGAAGUUCACACGGAUCACUGAGCAAGGUAGCCAGAUGUGUAUACGUAUCUUCGUACGCCAUGCGGUUCGACAUGGGCCGUACCUGCUCUCCUCGCUCGGCCCCGAUCCGAGUCCAGACUUCCCUCGACCACAGCAGACCGGUACCGUUCAGCCUGCUAGUACACAGCCGUCAGCUCCCGCCGAUCGUCAAGCUCCAGUACCAGCUGCCUCCCAUGCGCAGCUUGCAGGCGAGAACGCGACAAUGCGAAGGCAAAUGAACGGCCUCAACGUCAGGGCCGAUAGAGUUGAAGGUCAUCGCGGAGUCGGUCGCAGCAGAGCUACACCUACUCAGACAGAUCGACCAUCGCAGCCUCGUGGAGGAUACAAUGGACGUCCAGACCGCGGCUACCAUGCCAAUCAAGGAGCGUUUAUGCCUCCAGCGGUACAACAGACUCCGUCGCAGUACAGUCCGAGUCCAUUUGGUGGCUACAAUCGGCCUUAUGGCGGCUCUCCACACAUGCCCAGUCCAUACCCGCCUGCGGCACCGAUGGGUGGCUACGGUAUGCAACAGUACCAGCAGCAGUUCGGUGAUCCUCCGCAGCAAUCUUACGGUGCAUGGAGUGGCAACCAGACCUACCAUACUACACAACAGGCCAACUCUUCUCAGUCGGGAGCCUAUACCGCCUACAUGGUGCCACCGCCACAGACAGCGCUUGUCCCGCAGCAAAUUCGAGGCUCCAAUCAAAGACAACCUGCCUAUGGUGCUCCUGGUCCUUCAGAAGUCCAACAAACACAAUUGCCAGUGCAAGCUCAAGGUGCUUCAACACUUCGCCAAGAACAGGCUUCAGCACCAAGGACUACCGCUUACGUGCCCAAUCCUUAUGCAAGACCGUUCACUCCAGGAUCCAACACCACGGAUGAUUGA